AUGUCCGACAGAGUUAAAGAAGCAGUCAUCACUGAGGCCAAGGACGUCAAGGCAGCCUCUCAAGAUGUUGUCAAGUCCGGCGCGUACCUUUAUCCGUUCAAGGGUAUAAUCUAUUUUGCAACCCAUAAAGAUCUAUGGGACCCUUUUAUCUCCCGUGCUGGGCGGACUAUCAGUCUAGGGAUGGGCGUCACGACAUUUAUGUUCUUCUUCACCUAUGUGCCUCAAUUGGCCAUCAUGGCCUUUACCAGUGGCCCAUUGGCCGCUAUCUCUGCAGGCUUGCUCGUUUUGACCGAAAGUUCCACCAUCACGAACCUCCUUUCGCGCUCUUUCCUAGUUGGGGAUGCUCUCCUUGAUACUUUUGAUGGCACCCUCAUAGCUCGCGACCAGGAGUCUCUUGUCGCACAAGGACGACAAAUAAAAUCUCCAUCGGGAGGGAGGGCCGCUGUGGCAAGGUUAGGAAAGACUCUGACUCGACCCCUCGCUCGUAUGAGGCCAGAGGCGCUUCUGCGAUCAUUGAUCUACUUGCCCUUGAACCUCAUCCCUGUUGUCGGAACGGUUCUAUACGUAGGUGUGCAGGGUAAGAGGGUUGGUCCGGGUCUACAUGCGCGCUACUUCCAGCUAAAAGGAUGGGACUCUACCAAGCGGGAUGAAUGGGUUACAAAAAACCGAGGUGCAUACACAGGACUAGGCAUUGCAGCAUUUGCGCUUGAGAUGGUCCCAUUUGCCUCUAUAUUUUUUUCAUUCACAAAUACCGUUGGAGCGGCCUUGUGGGCUGCAGAUCUAGAGAAAGAAAACAAAUAA